AUGACCUUUAUCUUGACCCAGACCUCACGUUCGCCGCCGCUUACCGACAACUUGCAACAUUUCGAUACCAACGUGAAUCUGGAGCAUUACCAUACGGACUGGUCAACUAUCACCUUCAACAGUGUCCGUAGCAAGCACAGUGACAAGGACCUCCACGCUGUGCUUGAUAUAAUGCUUGACAAGCUCCAAUUGUGUCAACGAGCGAUUGGGCCGGAAAUAGCUGGCGAAAGCAACCUCCGCAACGCAGUCAUCCGCGCUUGCCGUGGAACGCCUGAGCUCAACACCCAAUGGUAUACCGACCGCAAGUAUCAACAGAAUAGACCCCCCUUCCGCAACAAUAACAGCGCGAACCCCAAACGACAGCCGCAGAGAAAGAAGGUGUGCUUCAUCUGCGGCAAAGCUGGCUGUUGGUCUACCAAGCAUACCAUAGAAGAACGGAAACAAUCACGGAUGUAUUUCCUUAAUGCCCACAAUGCCUCCGACACGACCCCGGACUUCGCCAUGUUCCUCGCCGAAUUCGAAGGUCAUGAACUUGACGAGACCCUGUCCUGA